CUGUAAAUUACGAGAACACGAAGGGUAAAACGGGAAGGAAGUUCAAUAGUCGCUGGCACGUUCAGAGCUACCCGCACCACCCAUCAACCUUCGUCGCCAUUGAAUCGUGGCUCUGCUUCUCCGUAUAUAUAAACACACACACACACACACACACACACACACACACACACACCCAUACACCUACCACCACUCCCCUUCUCUCUCUCUCUCUCUCUCUCUCUGUAUUUCUAUCUCUUUUUCUCCCUCUGGUUCUGGGUGAUCGAGCAGCAGGGGAUUGAAGAAUUGAGGCAGGGAAGGAGUGGUUUGAUUGUGAAUCUAGGGUGGGUUUGAUUCUUUUAGUUAAUUUUUUUAAUUGGGUUUGAGGGUUUUGUGAUUAAGAAUGGCGGGGGCAGGAGUGUUUGCAGAGAUUUUGGAAGGGGAUGUGUUCAAGUACUACUCUGAAGGAGAAUGGAAGAAGUCCUUGUCUGGGAAAUCCGUCGCCAUUGUCAACCCCACGACUCGAAAGACCCAGUACAAAGUUCAAGCUUGUACACAAGAAGAGGUCAACAAGGUUAUGGAAACAGCAAAGACAGCGCAAAAAUCGUGGGCGAAGACCCCGCUCUGGAAACGAGCAGAGCUCCUUCACAAGGCAGCUGCCAUUCUAAAAGAGCACAAAGCCCCCAUUGCUGAGUGCCUGGUAAAGGAGAUAGCGAAACCGGCAAAGGAUGCUGUCACCGAGGUUGUAAGGUCUGGGGAUCUGGUUUCUUACUGUGCCGAAGAAGGGGUUAGGAUUCUUGGAGAAGGAAAGUUCCUGGUGUCUGAUAGUUUUCCUGGAAAUGAGAGAACCAAGUACUGCCUCACUUCUAAGAUUCCACUCGGGGUUGUUUUAGCCAUUCCACCAUUUAACUAUCCUGUCAACCUUGCUGUCUCAAAAAUUGCACCUGCGCUGAUUGCUGGAAACUCGCUUGUGCUCAAGCCUCCUACUCAGGGUGCUGUAUCAGCCCUUCAUAUGGUGCAUUGCUUUCACUUAGCUGGUUUUCCCAAAGGCCUAAUCAGCUGUGUCACUGGAAAAGGUUCUGAGAUCGGUGACUUCCUUACGAUGCAUCCGGGUGUAAACUGCAUCAGCUUCACCGGUGGAGACACUGGAAUUGCAAUUUCGAAGAAGGCAGGCAUGAUCCCUCUUCAGAUGGAGCUUGGAGGAAAAGAUGCCUGCAUUGUGCUUGAGGAUGCUGAUCUAGAUUUGGCUGCUGCAAACAUAAUAAAGGGAGGAUUUUCUUACAGUGGUCAAAGAUGCACGGCUGUUAAGGUUGUCUUGGUGAUGGAAUCUGUAGCUGACGUUCUUGUUGAGAAAGUGAAAGCCAAAGUAGCGAAAUUAACGGUUGGUCCACCAGAAGAAAACUGUGAUAUUACUCCAGUUGUUUCAGAGUCAUCUGCAAAUUUCAUUGAAGGCUUGGUAAUGGAUGCUAAAGAGAAAGGAGCCACAUUUUGCCAGGAGUAUAGGAGGGAAGGCAAUCUCAUCUGGCCCUUGUUGUUAGAUAAUGUUCGGCCUGAUAUGAGAAUUGCAUGGGAAGAGCCCUUCGGGCCAGUUAUGCCAUUGCUUCGGAUCAGCUCUGUUGAAGAGGGAGUCCACCACUGCAAUGCUAGCAAUUUUGGCCUCCAGGGCUGCGUCUUCACUAGAGACAUCAACAAAGCGAUGCUGAUUAGCGAUGCAAUGGAGACAGGAACAGUUCAGAUCAACUCAGCACCAGCUAGAGGCCCAGACCAUUUCCCUUUCCAGGGUUUGAAGGAUAGUGGAAUUGGGUCACAAGGAAUCACCAACAGCGUUAACAUGAUGACCAAGAUCAAGAGCACUGUCAUCAACUUACCAACCCCUUCCUACACCAUGGGGUAAAAUCCAAUCCAUUAGAAAAUGAAUUUCCACAAGUCUUCUGUUGUAUCCAAUCACUGCAAUCUGCAAAUGUAGUUGUUUUCUCAAGAGUUGGUGUAAUUUUUUUUUGUCUUUGGGUAUUGGGCAUUAGAAGUAAGGAACAACUAAUAAUGGCUGUUCUUCUGCUUCUUUUUUUUUUUUUUUAUAAUGAAAAUCUACUAAAUGUGUUAAUUGUUGUACUAUUUUGUUACCAAUAAUGAGACAUGCCCUUAAAUGUU